AUGUCGCUACAACCCUCAAGCUCAAAGGACGCGCGCCGCCGACGUAGCAGUAGUCUUGUCUACAAAGAACCCCCGGAGUCGCUUGAGCAGCUGAGCGACCAGUCGGCACUGCCCAAUCUCAACGUCGAAUGGGUCAAUGCAAAGGGUGCAUGGGCUAUCCACUUUGUCCUCAUCUUCUUCGGCAAGAUCUUGUUUGAUAUCAUCCCAGGCAUGUCGCAGGAAGCAUCUUGGACCCUCGUCAAUCUCUCGUACGUGGCCGGCUCCUACCUCAUGUUCCACUACGUCCGCGGUGUCCCCUUUGACUUCAACUCGGGUGCCUACGACAACCUCAACAUGUGGGAGCAGAUCGACAACGGCGACCAGUAUACCCCGGCCAAGAAGUUCCUUCUCAGUGUCCCCAUUCUGCUGUUCCUUGUCAGCACCCACUAUACCAAUUAUGGCUUGACAUAUUUCCUCAUCAACUGCUUCGCCACCAUAGCAGUAGUUAUUCCCAAGCUGCCUUCGCUCGAGCCGACGGGCCCGCAUGUCACAUACCUAGUGCUCACCUUCUUUCUGAUACUCUAUGCUCUCUUCUCGCUCAUGAUACGCAACCGGCUCCACCUUUCGGAGCCACCACUAGCCACACUUUUCGGUAUUAUUGUCGGACCACGUGCCCUCGGCCUUUUGAGGCCUUAUGACUGGGGCUUUUCAGAUGACGCGAUUCAAGAAACCACCCGUCUGAUUGUCGGGAUCCAAUGUUUUGCUGUCGGCCUAGAGCUUGAGAAUCGCUAUCUCGCCAAAAAGAAGUAUGCGUUGCUAGCCCUGUUAGGACCAGUCAUGACUUUCGGCUGGCUAAUUUGCGCCCUGUUUGUUACCAUUAUAUUUGAGACAGACUUUGUGACGGCCAUGACAAUUUCUGCGUGCCUUACGCCCACCGAUCCCGUCCUUGCAGCCUCUGUGCUCUCCAACAGCCAGUUCAGCACACGAGUACCGAAGCGUAUCAGAGAUCUUCUGAGUGCAGAAAGCGGUUGCAACGAUGGGGUCUCGUUUCCUUUCUUGUACAUUGGCCUCAGCCUACUCCUCAAGAACACGGCCGGUGGUGUCUUGAAGAAAUGGUUCCUUGUCACAAUACUGUACCAGUGUGCAGUAGGUAUCAUAAUAGGUAUUGUACUAGGACACAUCUUCAACCGACUCUACCGCCUCUCGCAUGCACGCGAAUGGAUGGGCGAGGCCUCGUAUCUCACUUUCUAUCUUCUUGCCGCCAUAUUUUCAAUUGGACUGGCAUCAGUCCUUGGAGUAGACGAUUUCCUCGUAGCCUUUUUUGCAGGCCGUGGAUUCUCUCACAGACAAAAAUCGCCCAUGGCCGACACCGCUCUUCCUGUCAUUAUCGACAUGAUGAUCAACUCGUCAUUCUUUGUCUUCUUUGGCGCAAUGAUACCCUGGGAGAGUUUCAGCGCCUUCGACGCCAUCACACCCGCUCGGCUUAUUGUCUUCCUCAUUCUCAUCCUUCUCUUCCGCCGCAUUCCAAUCGUCUUCAUUCUCUUCCAAGCAAAACUCUUGCCUUUUGUCAAGACGACCACGGAGGCCCUCUUUGUUGGACAUUUUGGACCUAUGGGUGUCGGGGCACUCUUCCUCGCCAUCGAGGCGCGUGCACAGCUUGAAACUGGUACUUCUUUACCCUUGCCAAAUCCACCAAACGACCUCCCGAUCGAGAGGCAGAGAACCGUCACUUUGAUCUGGCCAAUUGUCUGCUUCGUUGUGCUCGGUAGCACAAUGGUACACGGCUUCAGUACGCUUGCUGUCAGUAUCGGAGGCCAUUUUGCACGCAAAGAGGGCGAACGUGCUCCGCUGAUAGGAGCCGAAAGCGAUGGGUUACAUGGAAUGGUUCAUGAUCAAGAAGAUGAAACCGAGGUUGAAGACAUUGAUGAGUAG